AUGUCGACCGCCAUCAUGGGCCGUGCUUGCCAGAUCGUCACAGAUUGCAACAUGUCGCACGAGGAGCUCGUGCGCCAGAUCAAACAUAACUCUCGGGGGCAUCUUGCCUCGCCAGCAUCGCGGGCGACCCGCGGCAUUCUGCUCGUUUUGAAGGAGUGGCCCUUCAAGGAUACUCCGGAGCGAACGUCCAGGGAGAAGUUCGGCAACGAGUUGCUAAUCGACAUGCUCAAACACUCAGGGCCAGAUCAAGUGGCGCCGCGUGUCAAAGAGGCGGCAGUCUUCCCCGCGCACGACCAGCCAGGCCAGCCUCAGAGCCGAUCCUCGUUCAAUUUCCUCGGGCAGGCACUGGUGCCGGCCAGCGGAACAGAUCGCGCAACGCGCAAAAGGGCAAUAGCCAGCAAGGACCACCCUCUGCACGUAGAGACCCCGUUGGAGAUUGCGACGGGGAUGCACGCGAUAAAGGGCAUGGUUAUCCAGGUCGAAGCGAUGAUCGGGGAGCAGUUGAGGCGCGCAGGAAGCAGGAUCACGAUGAGCAGUGGCGACCUUUCGCCCAUCGUCGUGUUCACGCAGGGAAAAGCCAUGCAGGCCCAGACUCAGCCCGCGGCGGACCGGCGGACCCAGCUCGAGCGCCAGCUCGAGCACGUUGAGGCCUCUUCCGACCACGUCCGCCGCACAGCGCGGCAGCACCUUGACACGCUGGGCGAAUUUCACGCCACGGCCCAGCGUCAGGCCUCGUUUGCCCCUUCGGUGACGAGCGCCUCCGCCUCCGCCGCGGCCGGCCUGCACGCGGCCCAGACGCUUCUUGCGCGCGCCCUGACGUGCACCUGCGGAAUGGACACUGCUGCGGAUGCCACGUCGCUGAGCAUCACGAAGCAGCAGCUCUACACUGACGCCCACGCGCGGGGUGAGCACUGUUUCAAGCGGCACGUCGCGGACAGUUUCGACGCGCGCCAGCUGCGCAUCACGGAGCAGCAAGGAUGGAAACAGCAGCUCGUCCCUGACGGCCACGCGUGGGACGACUACCGCAUCGAGUGCCACGUCGCGGAUCAGCACGACGGGAACGAGCACUCCGACGCCGAGCAGCACGUCGGAAACCAGCCGCACGGGUCCACUGCGGGCGGGGCGCGAGCUUCGAUCGGCACGUCGGCAAGCGCCAGCUCGAGCCUGACGCGCGCAGAGCACAGGAACAUCAAAAUGGUCGUCCAGCUGAUGCAGUCCCUCGCCCUGGAGAUCGAGAGCGACGGCAAGAACGAGCUGGCCUCCUACGACAAGUACGCGUGUUGGUGCGAGGACACGUUGGCCCGCAAGGCAAAGGAUAUCUCGGAGGCGAAGGCGAUGAUUAACGAGCUCCAGGAAGAGAUCGAGAAGUUGCAAGGAGAGGUCGCAGCGCAUGCCGCGGAGAUCGCGCACCUCGAGAAACUCAUCGCCGAGAACAAGGAGUCGCAGCGCGAGGCGACGGAGGUUCGCGCCAACGAGAACGCCGACUUCGAGAAGGAGAAGACCGAGUCCGAGCAGUGCAUCGGGGCCCUCGAGGCGGCCAUCAGCGUGCUCUCUGGAGCUGGCUCGGGCAAGAAGGGCUUCCUUGAGACCCUGCAGCAGGCUCGCGCGCUCAGCGUGGUGGACGGCGUCCGGGAGGUGCUCCGGAAGGCCAGCUACUCGGCACAGGUCCCGGAGAAGGACCUCGACUUCGCGAGGGCAUUCUUCGGCAAGUCCGGGCAGUUUAUGGUCCAGCACGGCGGGGUGUCAGCCGCGCAGACCGGCAGCAUUCACAAUCCGUUCGGCGAUUACGCCCCGCAGUCGGACCGCAUCGUGGGCAUCCUGAAGGGCCUGUACGACACCUUCACCCAGAGCCUCGAGAAGGGCAACGUGGAGGAGGCGGACGCCCAGAAGGCGUUCGAGGAGUUCAUGGCCACCAAGAAGGCCGAGCUGAAGACGCUGGAGGGUACCAAGGAGCAGCAGGAGCUUUCCAAGGCCGAGAAGGCGAAGAAGAUGGCGGAGAGCAAGCUUCUGCGCGCAGACACCCAGGCGCAGCUGAAGGCCGACGAGGAGUUCUUUGCGACCACCCAGGAGGGGUGCAAGGACAAGGCGAAGGAGUGGGGCGAGCGGGUCAGGAUGCGCACCCAGGAGCUCCAGGGCAUCAACAAGGCCGCCGAGAUCCUGAGCUCCCCGGAGGCGCUGGAGACGUUCUCGAACUCCUCCUCCAUCCCAGGGCGCUCGCUACGCAGAGAAAGGCCGUGGGCCCGCAUCGCGCCCUCUCCAGCAAGGUAUCACCAGAGCACUUCGUAG